GUGGCCGGGAAUAUAUGAAGUGGGAAAAAUGUAACCGCCAACGGUUGCAACCCCAGAAAAUGCUCACUCUACUCCGCAAAGCUCAACCAACUUCAUUUUCAAUUCCAUUACACCACACCCUAACCACCUCACCGCCGCAACCGCCUCAGGACGCCGCCUUUGCCUCCCUUAUCCUCAAAUCCGACCCGCAAUCCAUACCCCGGAUCCUCCACGACCCGAACAUCCACUGGACCCUGGACUCCGUCAACAAAACCCUCAAGCGUCUCUGGAACCAUGGCCCCAAAGCUCUCCAAUUCUUCAGAGCCCUCGACCGCCACCCCACCUACACCCACGCCGCCUCCUCCUACGACCACGCCGUCGACAUCGCCGGCCGCCUCCGCGACUACAAGUCCCUCUGGGCCUUCGUCGCCCGCAUGAAGGCCCGCCGCGUCGGCCCGGGCCCGAGAACCUUUGCCAUCAUCGCCGAGAGGUACGUCGCCGCCGGCAAACCCGAUAGAGCCGUCAAGGUAUUUCUCUCUAUGCAUGAACACGGCUGCCCUCAGGAUUUGAGUUCCUUCAAUACUGUUCUUGAUGUGCUUUGUAAAUCGAAACGUGUGGAAAAGGCGUAUAAUUUGUUUAAAGUUUUCAGAGGAAGGUUUAGAGCUGAUUGUGUUAGUUAUAAUGUGAUUGUUAAUGGUUGGUGUUUGGUUAAGAGGACUCCCAAGGCUUUAGAGGUUUUAAGGGAGAUGGUGGAGAGAGGAAUCGAGCCGAGUUUGAUUACGUAUAACAUAAUGCUUAAAGGUUAUCUUAGAGCUGGGCAGGUUAAGGAGGCGUGGGAGUUUUUCUUGGAAAUGAAGAAGAGGAAGUGUGACAUUGAUGUUGUUACUUAUACUACACUUGUUCAUGGGUUUGGUGUUGUCGGGGAGAUUAAGAAGGCGAGGAGGAUUUUCGAUGGGAUGGUGGAGGAUGGGGUGCUUCCUUCGGUUGCGACUUACAAUGCUUUGAUUCAGGUUUUGUGUAAGAAGGAUAAUGUGGAGAAUGCUGUGGUGGUUUUUGAGGGGAUGGUGAGUAAGGGGUAUGUGCCUAAUGUGACGACUUAUAAUGUGUUGGUUAGGGGGUUGUGUCAUGCUGGUGAUAUGGACAGGGGGGUGGGGUUGAUGGAGAGGAUGAAGGGUGAUGAGUGUGAGCCGAAUGUUCAGACAUAUAAUGUUGUGAUACAGUACUUUUGUGAUGAUGGGGAGAUUGAUAAGGCGUUGGAUGUAUUUGAGAAGAUGGGUAGGGGAGAGUGCUUGCCUAAUUUGGAUACUUACAAUGUGUUGAUAAGUGCCAUGUUUGUGAGGAAGAAACCUGAGGAUCUGUUAGUGGCAGGGAAGUUGCUAAUUGAGAUGGUUGAUAGAGGGUUUUUGCCCCGGAAGUACACCUUUAAUCGGGUUCUAGAUGGGCUUUUGUUAACUGGUAAUCAAGGUUUUGCAAAAGAGAUUCUCAGAUCGCAGAGCAGAUGUGGCCGUCUUCCCCGUCAGGUUAGAUUAUAGACUUGAACUGCAGAGAUUUGAUUGUCAUUGGAUAAAAAACACCGUGACUGCUCCUAAGGGAUUUCACGUUCCUGCUGAAGCUUUCACGCUCAAUGUUACUGCAAAGCUCUUUCCUGUGCCGUCUCACUACAGUUUAUAGAAUGAGUGGGCUAUAUUGUAAACUAGCAUUGAAGCAGAUAUUUAUGUAGCACCCAAUUUGAGGGUUAUGAUGACAUCUCAUACCGUUUGGAGAUGGAGUACUCUUUGUGGGUUCAAGUCAGGAUUGUCAUUGUUCAUGAAUUUCAAGGUUCAACAUAAGCUUGUUUCAUCCUGAUUAACAGUCAGAACAAGGUAUUCAUUGUGAAAUGAGGCUUCACGGUGUUUUAACCUUUUUAAACAAAGUGGCAGUUGGUGUUAUCAUAACACGAUGCUUAGUGCUUGCCCUGUCCACCAUUGCAUCCUGAAUGUCAGCAAUUGAGUCUGUUGCUUGUGUUCUCAAUCUGGAAUGUGUCAACA